GCUCAGAGGCCUCCCAGGGAUGGGGGUUGCUGCUCGUCUGAGCGCUCCUAGGGCGCUGGUACUCUGGGCCGCACUGGGGGCGGCAGCUCACAUUGGACCUGCACCUGACCCCGAGGACUGGUGGAGCUACAAGGAUAAUCUCCAGGGAAACUUCGUGCCAGGGCCUCCCUUCUGGGGCUUAGUGAAUGCAGCCUGGAGUCUGUGUGCUGUGGGGAAGCGGCAGAGCCCUGUGGAUGUGGAGCUGAAGAGGGUCCUUUAUGACCCCUUUCUGCCCCCACUGAGACUCAGCACUGGGGGAGAGAAGCUUCGGGGAACGUUGUACAACACUGGUCGCCAUGUCUCCUUCCUGCCUGCGCCACGGCCCGUGGUCAAUGUGUCUGGGGGUCCCCUCCUCUACAGCCACCGACUCAGUGAACUGCGACUGCUCUUUGGAGCACGUGAUGGAGCUGGCUCUGAACACCAGAUCAACCACCAGGGCUUCUCUGCUGAGGUGCAGCUCAUCCAUUUCAACCAAGAACUCUACGGGAACCUCAGCGCCGCCUCCCGGGGCCCCAAUGGCCUGGCCAUUCUCAGCCUCUUCGUCAAUGUGGCUGGCAGCUCGAACCCCUUCCUCAGCCGCCUCCUUAACCGGGACACCAUCACCCGCAUCUCCUACAAGAAUGAUGCCUACUUUCUUCAAGACCUGAGCCUGGAGCUCCUGUUCCCCGAAUCCUUCGGCUUCAUCACUUAUCAGGGCUCCCUCAGCACCCCGCCCUGCUCAGAGACUGUCACCUGGAUCCUCAUUGACCGGGCCCUCAAUAUCACCUCCCUCCAGAUGCACUCCCUGAGACUCCUGAGCCAGAAUCCUCCGUCACAGAUCUUCCAGAGCCUCAGCGGUAACGGCCGGCCCCUGCAGCCCUUGGCCCACAGGGCCUUGAGGGGCAACAGGGACCCCCGGCACCCUGAGAGGCGCUGCCGAGGCCCCAACUACCGCCUGCAUGUCCACCUCCACGCCAGAGACCAUUGCUGGUCCGUGAUUUGUCUUUCCUCUCCACUGCUUGCAACUUGCAACUUGGUAUAUAACCCGAGCUCCCUGGCUUCCCACUGGGCCGUGGUUUUUUAUUACGACGGCUUUCCAAAAUGGUACAGCCCGGAUCCCUUCCCUGUUUCGGUGUGGUACAAAUCUCAGGCUGUUCCGUAAUCUGACACACACCCCUUCCUGAAAAUCAACAUGGUACGGCCCCCUCCCCUUUCUACUGUCUCCCCGAGCUUCGACCCUGUGAUCUUACAGCCACUCAGCUAGCUUCUCAACGUGGUAUGGCCCAGACCCUCCUACUCCCACCCCAUGAAUACCUUCGCGUAGUUCAGUCUGAUGCUGAAGCUGGAUGUCAACCCUCCUAGUCCACCCUCCUGCUGCCUCCUGCUGGUUAAACCCAGUGCCGGUCCAAAAUCUGACCGUUUCCCCCAGUUUCUCGACCUGGUACAUCCCGGCUUCCCCUUUCUCAGCCUCCGUGGUAGAGCCCUCCGCGGCCCAGCCCCCGACUCCUGCAAACCGUCUUGCAGGUAAACUAAUGCUCCCCCAC